AUGGCGGACGGUCUCAAGUUUGAUGCUGUUGUUUGGAAGGCGGAGGGUCUCAAGUUUGAUGCUGCUGUCUGGACAAAGCUUAUACAAUACAACGAGAAGCGAUUGAAAUGGGUAGGGAAUCUUGACUCGCUAAAGAAAUUUAUAAGCGACUCGAUCGGCCUUGAAGGCAAAUGGCAAUCACCAGGUGGUUAUGCCAAACGUUUCACAUGUGGAAAUAAGGAUUUAGCUUUUACAUGGUACGCUUAUAAACAAAAUUCGCUUAUUUUUAAUGGUAAAGAUGGUAAUAUAUUGAGAGAUAAAUUAAUACAACUAUGUUUAGGAAGAGACUCGUCCUGUUUGGAGUCGGAAACUCAGCAAUCAAAAUUAUCAAAUGCCGAUCAACCUAAUUCUUGUACAGAAAAUUUAAACAACGGGUUAAGAAUUAAUGCAACGGCUAGUCAAGUCAGCGACGAUAAUUACAUUACUGUUAUGGACUCGUCGUUUGAUGUUUCAACUACUCUACUAGAUGCCAAAAUAGUAAAUCAAAAGCCCUCGAAUGUUUCUCCGUCACUAGCCGAAUCCUGUUUGGAGUCGGAAUCUCAACAAUCAAAUGCCGAUCAAACUAAUUCUUGUACAGAAAAUUUAAACAACAACGGGUUAAUAUUGAAUGCAACCGCUAGUCAAGUCAGCGACGAUAAUCAUAUUAUGGAUUCGUCUUUAGAUGUUUCAACUACUCUGCCAGAUGACAAAAUAGUAAAUCAAGAAGCCUCAAAUGUUUCAUCGUCACAAGCCAAAAUCGAUUGCCAGUGCUCGUGUGGGGUUAUAGCAGCGGAACUUGAGGCUAUUAAAUUUGAUAUUUCUCUUCUCCAGAAUGAAAUGCAAACUUCUUCAAACCCAGGCUCAGAAUACUCUCAUUUAUACGAACUAAACCGACUUAAAAGCGAAUUAUUGCAAGAAAAAGAGAAAUCUAGUGCCUUGGAGAAGGAAAUGGCUCUUCUUGUUCGUGAAAGAAAUAGGGAAUUUGAUGAAUUAAGGGAGUUAAUUAAUACCCUUGAGAGAAAUCUAAAUAAAUGCGAACAAGAAAAGGAUUCAAUUACCCUGGCUUUGAACUUAAUUAUGCAAGAUAAAAUAAGCGUUUCGAACAAUGAAAAUAUUACCAAGUCAAAUGAACAACAAUGGGUUCCGUCAAAAACUUGCAAUCACCUACCUAGUAUACAGAAUCAAAUUCCUCAGCAUGGUCUGCAGUCUGUUAUUCAUCGAAACAGAUAUUCACCGCUAUUUAUUGAAGACAACACGAAUGCUGAUAUACCUGAUAUCCAAGAUGAACGUCAAGAGUCAAUUAAUCUCUCUUAUAAAGAUAGAGUUCAGCAUGGGAAAUCUAGAACCACUACCAAACGUACUGAGAGUACUCGACAAUCA